AUGUUAAUGUUGGUUUUGAUGGAUCAAUUGAUGAUUUUUCUUGUUUAUAUUUUGGAUGAUAGAAAUGAUUUUGAUGCUGAAGAGUUGAUUGAUUUUUAUGAAGGCUUCAAAUGGGGUGUAGGUGUGGAAAAGGAGGAAGUAAAACAAUUAAGUAAGGACAUUGGUUGGGAGGAAGUGGAUGUCCAUGAUGAAGGCUCUGAAUCUGAUGAGCUUAGAAUUUUACAUGGGUCAGAUGAGGAAGAAGAUGAUAAUCCCUGGUUUCAUGCAGAAACUGAUUUCAAAAAACCAGUUGAGCUGGUGAAAAAAUUGAGGUUCCCCAACAGCACCAUUCUAAGGAAAGCCCUUAGGAUACAUGCAAUAGAGAACAGGUAUGAGUAUUACUAUCUGCACAAUGGUGGUAAAAGGAUAACCACAUUUUGCAAGAGAAGGUGUAAGUGUCCGUGGAAUUCCAAGAGAAGUAAAUUGGCAGGGAGCUGCAAUUGUAGUGUUAGGGUUAAGAAGUGCAGACUUAAGGUGUCAGCUAGAAGAUUGUUCAACAGUGAAGCUUGGAAAAUUAUAGAUUUUAGGCCUAAGCAUAUGUGUAUGAGGAGUAAAAUGAAUUCAAUGGUGAAUGCUGAAUAUCUUGCUGAGAAGUAUGUUGAGGAAUGGAGGCACAACCCUAGUUGGGAUCUUAAAAGUUUCAGAGCUAGGGUGUUGAGUGACUUGGGCAUAACAGUGAAGUACUCUAAAGCAUGGCUUUCUAGGGCUAGGGCAAAGCUGAUGAUUUAUGGGUCAGCUUCUGAGCAAUAUGCCAGAGUUUGGGACUAUGGCAAAGUUGUAAUUAAGUACAGUCCUGGCUCUAGGGUGUGCAUAGUGGUUGAUGUGAAUGAUAGCAGACCAGAACCAUCCCUUUUUAUGAGGAUACCUUUAAUAGGUCUUGAUGGUUGUCACCUAAAGGGAGCCUACCCAGGACAAGUACUUGUGGCUGUUGGCAAAUAUGGAAACAACAACAUAUAUCCAAUUGCAUGGGCUACAGUUGAAGUGGAGAAUAAGGACACUUGGUGCUGGUUCUUGGGGUGUUUGAAAAAGGACCUUGGUGAUGUGUGUGAGGGUGGUGGUUGGACUUUCAUGUCUGAUAGACAAAAGGGUCUCCUUGAAGCCUUGGAAAUGCAGGUGUCAUUUGUUGAGAAGAGGUUUUGUGUCAGGCAUAUCUGGGCUAAUUUCAAGCUUCAGUUAAGUGGAUCAACCUUCAAAGACCUCUUCUGGAAUGCUGCUAGGGCUACAACAUUGGCUGACUUUGAGGUGGAAAUGGAAUCUAUACAUUUCUUGUCUGAAGAUGCAUAUGUGUAUCUAGAUAACAUUCCUGCUAAGCACUGGUCUAGGCAUGCAUUUUCUUCAGACUGCAAAUCAAAUAUGCUUCUCAAUAAUGUCUGUGAGACAUUCAAUGCUGUUAUAAGAGAUGCUAGGGACAAGCCAAUACUCACUCAGAUGGAGUGGCUGAGAAGGUAUAUGAUGAAGAGGCAUAAUGAGAAGUGGGAGGCAGCCAAGAAGAUGGAUGGGAAGCUCAUGCCCUAUGUCACUAAGUUGUUUGAUAGGAUUGAGAGGGCUGCAAGGCACUGUAUAGUGCAAGUUUCAAGAGGAGACUCCUAUGAGGUUGAGCUUAAUGGUGAUACAGUGCUAGUUGACUUAGGUAACAUGACUUGCACAUGUUACCAUUGGCAGUUGACUGGUAUUCCAUGUGUACAUGGGUAUGCAUGCAUAUUGGACAAGAGGGUGGACCUAGAAGACUUUGUGCAUGAGUAUUACACAAGACAGAAAUAUCUGCAUGCAUAUGAGGAACCUGUGAAGCCUAUGCCUGGACCCAAGCAUUGGGAGAAGCAGCAUCAUCUUCAAUAG